AUGUCGUCCAAGAGGAAGAAAAACGAUAGUUCGGACGAAGAAAGUGAUGAAGUCGAUUGGCAGAAGAAGUAUCUGAAUGUGGAAAAACUGUGUCAGAAGACGGAAAACGAACUGAAGGAGUCGCAGGAAGAGAUGGAAACGAAGCGCUUGGAGCUGACAGAAGCAGCUGCGAAGAAUGAAAAGCUAGAAAGAGAAUUGAAACAUGUUAACGAUAAAGUCCUUCGAUUCCAAUCAAUGAUGAGUGCCGGAGGUGUUAUCAAGUGGCUUGAAGAAGAAAAGCGAAAAGACGUUUUCGAAGUUCGCCCAAGUCCGACAAUCAUCUCGUUA